AUGCCCCUGGCUACGAAUGUGGAAUGGGCUUUUCGAAAAUGGGGAGAAGAAGAAUUUUCUGCACUUAAUCCAUUGACCGCAAGAUACAUUGGCAAAGGAUACCUGCUGAAGAAAGACUUGGCUCUUCUAAUAAUUAAUGUCGAACUCUCUCAAGGUGGCGAGUACUUCUGUCGUGAUAAAGACUCGAAAAUUGUACAUUCGAUGUACUUUCUAGAAAUUGUGGAACGACUUCCUGUGAAUGUGAUUAUUCCUGAAGCCGCCGUGGAUCAAUCACAAUUCGCACCUACUGUAUUUGAUGACUUAGACACUGUAGUCGAACUGCAGUGGUCGACGUGGUCGGCAUGCAACCGUUGUCAGUUAGGCGAGCGCCGUCGUUACGGCUACUGUCGGUUGAAGGUAUAA